CUUCGUGGGGUGGUCUGAGGGCCCUGGCCCGGUCUGGGGCCACCGGAGAAGAGGCUAAGUCUCACAAGUCCCUCCCCCAACCUUGACCUAGCCCAGAUCUUACAGAAAGAACCUAUCAUCCAAACGAAGGAGAGUCUCGCCCCUCAACCACCCAAGGACUCUGCCAGUUCAGCUCCCACGCCCCUGUCUGUUGUUGGGGAAGAUAGGUGUCGGGUUACCAGUCCAGGGGCUAUAGUUAGCCCCGGGGACUUUGUUCAGCUGUCUGUCCCGGAUCCGCGCGCAGCGCCGGCACUUCAGUUCCCUUCAGCUCCUGUCUGCAGCAAAGGACCAUAGCCCCGGGCUGCUCUCUGCCUCUAGCUCCACCAGGCUGAAGAAGGAAGGUCCUGGAGCCCAUCCAAACCAGCACCCCCCUCCACUGGCUUCAUCAUCAUCAUCAUCAGGAUUCUGUCUUCUUGGGACUCCUCUGAGGAUGAUUCUGGAGGAUCUGCUAAUGGUCCUCGGCUGCCUUGGCUUGCACACUCUCUGGAAGGUCCACGCUGUUCCUAUCCUGCCCCUGAGCCUGGUUCCAGAUACCUUUGAUGAUGCCUAUGUAGGCUGCUCUGAAGAGAUGGAGAAGAAAGCAGGCCUGCUGCUAAAGGAAGAGAUGGCACGCCAUGCCCUGCUACGGGAAUCCUGGGAAGCAGCGCAAGAGGCCUGGGCACACAGGCGUCACAAACUUGCUCUGCCUCCUGGCUUCAAAGCUCAGCACGGAGUAGCUAUUAUGGUCUACACCAACUCAUCCAACACCUUGUAUUGGGAGCUGAACCAGGCUGUGCGGACAGGAGGUGGCUCUCGGGAACUCUACAUGAGGCACUUCCCCUUCAAGGCCCUGCAUUUCUACUUGACCCGGGCCCUGCAGCUGCUGCGGGGCACUGGAGGGUGCAGUAGGGAAGCUGGGGAGGUGGUGUUCCGAGGUGUGGGCAGCCUUCACUUUGAACCCAAGAGGCUUGGGGACUCUGUCCGAUUAGGACAGUUUGCCUCCAGCUCUGUGGAUGAAAGAGUGGCUCGCAGGUUUGGUAAUGCCACCUUCUUCAAUCUAAGGACUUGUUUCGGGGCUCCUAUCCAGGCUUUGUCUGUCUUCCCUGAGGAGCGUGAGGUGCUGAUACCCCCACAUGAAGUCUUCUUGGUCACUGGGUUCUCCCAGGAUGGAGCCCAGAGCAUAGUGACUCUCUGGAGUUAUAAUCAGACCUGCAGCCACUUUAACUGCGCCUAUUUGGGUGGGGAGAAGAGGCGUGCCUGUGUGUCUUCAAGAGCAGUAGGGCAGCCAGAGUCAUCCUCCACAGAGGCUUUGGCUCUGCAAUCAGGGAAGACGCUGCUCUUGGCCCCAGGGGAGUUGCAGCUCUCCAGAGCUGGACCCUGAAAGCCUCUUAGGAAUCUUGGGAACUGAUGACCUUACUAUGAAGAAGGGGCUUUGAAUGGCCUCAGGAAGUGGGAGUUUGGCUCUGGUUCCAGUCCUAGGGGCCACCUCUCCAACCAGAGUUGGAGACCUGAGGUCAUGGCAGGGUUGAGGGAACCCCACUGUGUGGCGGGGACUUCCUAGGACACACAAGGUAAAGACUAGAUGGCUACUCAAUUAAACAGAGUUGUGGUGUAGA